AUGAUUGUUAUUUUCAGCCUUCUCUCAGCACCUUUGGAUUUGGCCAAAUCGUUAUCAGAGCCUACAUCAGACGGAGUCAUUGUUAUUUCGUACUGUGCCAAGCAACUCGCAGAAUGUGCUCCACUGAAAUCACUCGCUCCCGUUGUCUCUGAAUAUCUUCAGUUGAAUGCUGGAGCGAACAAUACAGCAUCGUUGAUCGUAGUUGACAAAUCAGUGGUACCGUCAGGUCGUUUGGUUUACUCGGGAACUGGACCCGUG